GAGUCUGAUGUGUAGACUGAAAUGAUGAUGUGAUGAAACUAAUAUAAAAUGUCACCCUUCCUCAGAACCAACAGUUCACCUUGUAUUGGUUUCUCCACAGUGACUGAUGCCAUGAAGCUAAAUCCAAAGCAAGCGCCGUUAUAUGGUGAGUGUGUGUUGACGGUGCAGCUCAGUGAAGAGGAGUGUGUGGAGGAUGAGGAGGACGUGGAGUUUUAUUUGCUGUUCUCCGGCAGCACACAGAGACACCUGACCACCACACUGAGGCUCGGUCAUGUGACCCUGCAGGCUGUUUGUCCAGCCCACGAUCGUGAUGAGACAGUUCGGGUCACUCUUUGUCAGGCUCGGACCGGGGGUUCUGUUGAACCAGUGGGAGAGGAGCGGUUCCAGUUUGUCCAUGAUCUGGCUCUGGACAUGGCUCACUUCCUGAUUAGUGCCGCAGCUCACAGGGACGGUCUGGAGGGGGCGCUGCUGCUCGCUGACUCACACAUCCCUGUACAGGAGUGUGAAAGGCUGGACGAGACGCUAAUGCUAGCACUGAAGCACCUCCCACUACCACCUGGGUGGAGUGUACUGGGCCCCGACAUCAACACACACACACCAGCAGAUUUCAGUCCUCAUGAGACUUUGCUGCACUUUGCGGCUCGUCGAGGUCUCCGGAGAGUCGCCCUGUUCCUCCUGCAGCAGCCUGGGGGACGAGGAGCUCUGCAGCUGGUCAACAAACACGGACACACACCUGCCCUAGUGGCACAGAGCAAAGGACACACACAGCUACAACACCUGCUCUCAGAGCUUGAGAAGUCUCCUCACUUUGAGACAAAGGCUCCAAGGCGGCGUUACCCAGCAGGCCGAGCAUUCCUGCACCACCCGAGGCUGAACACCUUCUCUCUGACAGUGGAGAACGAGGCAGACGGAGAUCCUCCAGACCUGAGGCGAGACGUGGAAGAGCUGCGCCGCUACGCUCACUCUCACCACCACAGCAAGGCAGUCUCCCGGAAGCAGCGCCAGUCCUUCCCGCUGAUCCUGAGCCGGGAUUUCGUCGGCGAGUCGCGGUCUGUUGCGGCGACUAACUCUGAAGGCUCCUCCCUCCGCAAACCGCCGGUGUGCGAGCAUCAGGAAGUCAGAUCUGACGAAGGAAUCCGCGAGCGUGCUCGGGGGCUGAAUGGCGGGGUCCGGUCGGAGCAGGGUGAAACUCCUCCGGCGUCCGGCGGAGCGUCAGGUUCUGGGAACGGGACUGUGGGAUUAGAGGGUGACGGAGUGUGUGUGGGGAAGCAGGAGAACUUUGCAGCUGUCAACACUUCUGUUUCCUGUGGAGAGCCGCAGCAGCAGGAGGAAGUAGAUAGCAGGCUGAGAGUAAUCAGGGAGGUGCCUCGUACACACAGGAGCGACGCUGCACCCGAGACAAAGACGCACAAUAAAAUCCAAUCUGGCAACACGCAAGAGGGAACGAUGGGUCAAACCCAGGGACGCCUCCCUGAAGAAGAAAAAAAUAAGGUCAGAUGGGACUUACCAGAGGAAAGGGAAGGAGAGCGUAACUCACAGGAAGCCUGUGAGCCGAGCGGGAACCCGCGUCCACUCCAUGGACAAACGCACGGAGAGACAAGCUCACGUUUUUACUUAAAUCUGGACGUUAAUGCGUCGGAAAACAUGAAGGAGUCUCAGAUCCAGGAAGCAGGAAACGGCAGUGACCGGACACACGAGUCCACCGGCGAAGAUUUGGGUUCUAUAAAUUUUAGCCCCGACAUGACUCCAGGUCCCGUCCACAACGUACCUCUGGAACCGUCUCCAGGUGUGGAACAGCUGCUCGGUACAGCGGCAGGAGACCAAACUGACGCUACUUCAGAAACAGCGUCCGAUUACUCCGAGCAGAUCAGUUCAGAUUCUGUAAAAGAUCCUUUAUCUUGUCCUGAUGUACCUGUAGCACCAGGACAAGCGGACAGACAAGCAGACACGCCAGCGCAAGAUGUUCCUCUUACACAUGAGGAAAGUUGUGGAGAAACCUGCGUCGGUCAGACAUCACUUUCCGAGACAGAAGUAAGGUCUUCACCUGGAUCUGAAAAUAAUAUCCAACCUAUCGUACCUCCAGAGUUAUCUUCUCAGAUAUGUACCAAGUCCCAUUUCGGAGGCGAGGAACCAUGUCAGGAACAUUGUGACUUACAGUCUGAUGCUGGAGAUGCUGAGAUCACAGACACCAUGGACCGAGAUCCAGAACAUCUACCACUCUUUUGGGACCAAAGUUCAACAGUUCCUUCAGGAUCAGUGGUGUCUGAUUCCAACCCUGAAGAAUCAGAAAGUGUUUUAAAGCUCGAAAAGGAGCCGCUGUCAUUUCAAACACCUCCCGAGUCACCCUGUGAGUUUUUCUCAGUAGAAGGCUUCAGUUCCGUUUACGCGACAUGUCCUGCAGGAUCUCCAGAGAUCAUGGAGGAAGGUUUGCAGGUGGAAACGGAGCUGCUUGAAAUGUGUGAAAGCUCUAAAAAGUCACCGGUAUCGAUUCUGUGUGGUUCCUUCUCCAAACUGACCAUCAGGGUAAGUCCUCUCGAUCCUCACAUUGAGAACACAACAUCAGGGACCACCGAGAAAAUAGCAACUAGUGCACAUGAUGGUGAUGUAGAAACCUCCGAUACGCUUUCUUCAGAGAUGGAGGAGUCCAAGGUGGAGGUUAUUAAGUUAGAGCAGGAGAAUGUCGAGAUGUCGGAGAGAUCAGAAACAUCACAGUUGGUGAGCAACAUGUCUGCAGCAUCCUUCUGUGAUUCUGCAUCUGAGGAGAACCUUGGAGGAACAGAAGCUGUAACACCAAAUGAUCAACCUCCAGAAUCAGAAGAUGUUCAGGAGGAGUGGAUGAAGGUGUCUUCACAGCUUGGUGAGAAUCCAGAACUGUUGUCACUGCCAUGUGAAACAUCGCCUGUGUCCACUUUGGUCUCUGAGAACAUCACUGACCCGGAUUCUAAGGUCAGAAACUUUGAGGAGAGUAACAACAAAACAUCUAAAGACACACAGACUGAGAUCAUGACCUCGACAGAGACAACAUCUCAUGUAGAAACAUCUCCUGACCAUAAUCUGAAAGUUAUCAACUUUGAGGAAAACAUCCUAGAACAACCUCCUGAGAUCAAGACAUUUGAGGAGAGCAUAAGAGAAACAUCUCUUGACCUCCAUCAUGAUAUCUCCACAUCCUCUGAAAAUGAUCAACCUCCAGAAUCAGAAGAUGUUCAGGAGGAGUGGAUGAAGGUGCCUACACAGCUGGGUGAGAAUCCAGAAAUGGUGUCACUGCCAUGUGAAACAUCGCCUGUGUCCACUUUGGUCUCUGAGAACAUCACUGACCCGGAUUCUAAGGUCAUGAACUUUGAGGAGAGUAACAACAAAACAUCUGAAGACACACAGACUGAGAUCAAGACAACUGUAGAAACAUCUCCUGACCAUAAUCUGAAAGUUAUCAACUUUGAGGAAAACAUUCUAGAACAACCUGAGAUCAGGACAUUUGAGGAGAGCAUAAGAGAAACAUCUCUUGACCUCCAUCAUGAUAUCUCCACAUCCUCUGAAGAGACAAUUGAAGUAACAUCUCCUGGUCCACUUUCUGAGGUUAAGAUCUCUGAGGAAAGCGUUCAAGACCAACAACCUAACGUCAUAAUGUUUAAGGAGAGCAUCAGACGAACAUCUCUGGCCUCCAAUCAUGAUUUCACAUCCUCGGUGGAGAUGACUGGAGAAGUGUUUCUUGGUCCACUUCUGGAGGUUACCAGCUCUAAAGAAAACCAGCAACUAGAGAAGAGCAGAAAUUACCCUCAUCACCCCAAACAUGAGGUCACGACUGUUGAAGAGAGCAUUAGAGGAAGUCUUGAAUUCACUCAUGAUUUCUUCACGCCUUCUGAGGAGACAAUUAAAGAAAUGUCUUUUGAGGCACUCCAUGAAGUUAAAAGCUCUGAGUUAGUUGUUCUACACCAACAACAUGAGCUCCUGACCUCAGAAGAGACCAUUGGAGAAACAUCCCUCAGAUCCAAUCAGGAUCUUACCGUCACCCUUGAGGAAACACUUGACCUCUGUUCUGAGGUGGAAAAUGUUCUCGAGCGACAACCUCAAGCGACCUGUGAUAAGAGCCAAAAUGGAACAUCUGAAGACCCUGAAGGUCACGACAAACCCCUUAAGGUCACAACUUCAGAGAACAGCAUUCAAAGCCCACUUCAUGAGGUGAGUCCUGGUACAAUGGCUCUCGACCAGCGACCUGAGAUCACAGCACUUGAGGAGAGCAUCAGAGGAACACUUUAUCACACCCAGCUUGAGGAGACAACCAGUGAGGAAAACCUCAGGAGAUCUCCACCUGUGGUCCUGAGCUCUAAGACGGAUGGAUGUCUUCCUGAAGCUCCAGGACUCCAGGCUCCAUCACUUGCUUCCUGCAGUGAUUCUGAUUUUGCUUCGGAAAACUUUUCUACCUCGACUUCACUCAAGCUUCCGUUCCAGCCGGUGGAUCUGGACGGUGUUAGUAGUUUAGAUAUAGAUGGAGGCUUCGCUGUAGAAGCAGAUAGCGCUUCGACCCGGGACAAUGUCUGUGUUAAUGAAAGUGUAACUCUGGGAGAGGAGAAAAGUCACACGGAGGAGGAACGUGGAGAGAAACCGAAGGAGGAACAAGUAGCAGAUCCACAGGGAGGAGGAGGAGGACGUCUUGUAUUCUCUACAAUCUGAAGAUCUGAAGACAGACUGCAGUAUAAAAACCACAGAAACAGAUGUUGCGAGUGUGUGUCGCUCUGUAUCUGCGAGCUCGCUGCCCGGGUCCGAGUCCAUCAGUGAUGGAGACUCGCUGUUGGGCCCAGACACGAAUGAUGACACUGUCUUUAAACAGGUGUGUGUGUGUGUGUG